AUGUUAGGUGCUGACAUGGACGACGAUGCAACAGGUAUCGAAUACCAAGUGAACGACAUAAUUGAUCUGGAAAGACGAAUAGCUAAUCUGUCAACAUAUGACGGUAUCCGCAACCAUUCCGUUCUUGAUAAUUUGAUGACCUACAGAGAACUGAGGGAGCGUUAUCCCGAGAUCCACUUUAACCUGUUUUUCAAUGAGGAACUUCUUUCAUCUCUUGGACCUAUCGACGACAAUACGACAAUAAACUUGUUUGAUGUGGGCUACUUCGCAGGCUUAUCAGCGCUAGUAAAGUCGAAACCUCUGAGGUAA